UCAUUUACCAAAUAAACACAAGCAUGCAUGCAAGCCCGGUCUUGUCGCUCGCUCCAGGCCAUGACUCGUCUUGUACGAAAGCUGAACAGAUGAACACCCAGCUCGGGCGGCGCAGUUGUUGAGCAAGAUUGGUAUAUCACCACCGGGCUCGGGAGCUUUGGAGGAGAUACAUUCUAUCGAAGAUUCUGCUCUAAGAUCGUUGGUCAGCUAACUCUGCACAAAAACUCCCUAUCACGAUGUGUGGAAGAACAGUCAGUACACUGAAUCAUAAUGAAAUAAGACGGGCAUGCACUUACACCAAUCGUCAGGGGCGGCGAAUGCGGCCUGGGAGGCGCAGUAGAGGACCGAGGAGAGGUGGAGGAGGAGGAGGUGGAGGUGGUGGUGGACGAAAGCAUGGAUCCACACCCAAACAGGCACCGCAAACACAAGCCCUCAGUUCAAAUCCCAGUCCAGUAGGCGAGAGCGUACAGCGGAAGUACUACCCAUCAUUCAACAUUUCACCAACUCGAACAACUCCUGUUCUGAUAUCGAGCAAGCACUUUGGAGGCACGGACAGCUUGGACGUGUCACUGGAAACAGGAGAUCGUGAGAUAGUGCCCAUGACAUGGGGCCUUGUUCCAUCAUGGCACAAAGGCCAGGCCAAGGAGGUGGCUUACAAGAUGAACAACUGCAGGGGUGAAGGCAUGCUGGAAAGGGCGAGCUUCAAGCGCCCGUUCGAGAAAGGCCAGCGCUGUGUUGUACUCGUGGAUGGGUUUUACGAGUGGAAGACCGAUGCUAACAAACAGAAGCAGCCCUACUUCAUCUACUUAGCCCAGGAGCAUCCUCCAGUAGAUCUCACCAUCCAUUCCAGUGAAGACAUGAUGGAAGAGAACACUGACCUAGAGAUCGUGGAGGAACCCACGGAGGUCAGCGAUAGUGACCCAGGGUGGACAGGUCACAAACUGCUGACCAUGGCCGGCUUGUUUGAUUGCUGGCAAUCACCGGAUGGUGGUGAUCCUCUGUACACAUACACAGUGAUCACUGUGGAAUCCAACGAUAGCUUGUCUUGGCUUCAUCAUAGAAUGCCAGCCGUCUUGGAAGGGGAUGAAGAGAUAAAAUCAUGGCUCGACUAUGGCACAGUCGAGUCUAAUAAAAAGGCAGUGUCCCUGGUCAGUGCUAGAAGCUGUCUGGCCUGGCAUCCUGUCACAAAAGCUGUGGGUAACGUUCGUUACAAGGAACCAGACUGCAUCAAGCCCAUUGAGCUGGGGAAACCUGAAAAGCCAAAGGCCGAGAGCAAGAGCAGCCAAUUCAUGUCAUCAUGGCUGGCCAAAGGGAGCAAGACACCAGAUGGGAAGAGCAAGGCUGUCAAGACAGAGGGAGGAAGCGUGAAGAAGGAAGAGCCAAAGAAGAAGCAAACGGCUGGACCAUUGAUGAAAUGGUUUGUCAAGAAAGAAAAGAAAGAAGAGGAAGAAGAGACAAAGAAAAGACCGGGGGAUAGAGUGAGGGCGAAGGAGGAGGAGCCAUCUCCAAAGAAGAGCAGGGUGUCUUGAAAAUCUGAGACUGACCCUAAAAUCAUUGUUAUGCGCAGGAGUGAACUUGAACUGCUUAAAGGAUGUGA